AUGAAAGCCAGCUGGUUGCAGCCUUCCGGUCCCUGCACGACGUGUUCCUGCUUUGCCAUCCAGCAAAACGCCCAAAAUGCUGCUGAGGCCAAGAAGGAGAAUGGCGGGAAGUUGCCCAUCCCCAAAAUAUUUUUUGGCACCCGUACUCACAAGCAAAUAGCCCAGAUUGUGAAGGAGCUGCACAGGACGGGCUACUCAUACGUCCACAUGACCAUUCUGUCAAGCAGGGAGUAUUCCUGCGUCCAUCCGAGGAUCUCCCGAGGCAGCAACAAGAAUGAAAAAUGCGCAGAGUUGCUGGAAGGAAAAGAGGGUGUGUCUUGUUCCUUUUAUCAUGGAGCCCACAGGCUGACUGAGCAUCUCUCCAUACCGUCGGUGGAUAAAAAAGCUCAGGUUUGGGAUUUAGAAGAGCUGGUGAGCUUGGGGAAAAAAUUCCGAUCCUGCGCCUAUUUUGCAGCUCGGGAGCUCAUGGCAUAUGCCGAGAUUGUGUUCUGCCCUUACAACUACCUUUUGGACUCCCAGAUAAGACAAAGUGUCUGGAUUGGCACCAUUGGAGCAGGUCCGAAACGCCGGCAGUUACGGGCAACUUUUCAACAUACAGAAACGUUUGAGUUUCAAGAUGAAGUCGGCGAACUCCUGCUGUCGGUCUGUCAGACGGUGCGACGUGGGGUUUUGUGUUUUUUGCCCUCUUACAAGAUGUUAGAUAAGCUGAAGGAUCGCUGGCUGCACACAAGCUUGUGGGAGAAGCUUGAGCUGAUUAAAACGGUCAUCGUGGAACCCAAAGGAGGCGACAAAGCUGAUUUUGAUGAGCUGCUUCAAAUAUACUCCGAUGCCAUCAAGUCUCAAAACGGCAAAGACGGAGCGCUGCUUAUUGCUGUGUGCAGAGGCAAAGUCAGCGAAGGCCUGGAUUUCUCCGAUGACAACGCCCGGGCGGUUCUCACCAUUGGAAUUCCGUUUCCAAACUUGAAGGACCUUCAG